GGCGGCAGAGACCACAUCCCAGCAGGAGCGGCUCCAGGCUAUUGCGGAGAAGCGGAAGCGGCAGGCAGAGAUUGAGAACAAGCGCCGACAGCUGGAAGAUGACAGGAGGCAGCUGCAGCACCUGAAGUCCAAGGCCCUGCGGGAACGCUGGCUGCUGGAGGGAACACCAUCCUCAGCCUCGGAGGGGGAUGAGGACCUAAGGAGGCAGAUGCAGGAGGACCAGCAGAAGGCGCAGCUCCUGGAGGGGUCCAUAUCCAGGCUGGAGAAAGAAAUUGAGGUGCUGGAGAGUGGAGACACCGUCCCUGCUGUAGUGAAGGAGAACUCGACAGCCCCGAGCCCAGCCCGGGCCCUGGCCCCCAGCCCGGCCAGGGAAGAGCCCAAGGCAGAAGUGGUAUUGAACUCCCAGCAGACCCCGGUGGGCACACCCAAAGAGAAGCGAGUUUCUAACACCCCGGUGAGGACAGUUGAAGGCUCCACCAUGAUGAAGGCAGCCAUGUACUCAGUCGAGAUCACUGUGGAGAAGGACAAGUUGACGGGGGAGACCCGGGUGCUGUCCAGCACCACGAUGCUCCCUCGGGAGCCCCUCCCUCAGGGCAUCAAAGUCUACGAAGAUGAGACCAAAGUGGUCCAUGCCGUGGAUGGUACCGCCGAGAAUGGGAUCCACCCAUUGAGUUCCUCAGAGGUGGAUGAACUCAUCCACAAAGCAGACGAGGUCACACUGAGCGAGGCAGGGUCCACGGCUGGGACAGCAGAGACCCGGGGGGCUGUGGAGGAGGCUGUGCGGACCACACCUUCCCGAAGGGAGAUCACAGGAGUGCAGGCACAGCCAGGUGAGGCCACGUCAGGCCCACCUGGCAUCCAGCCGGGCCAGGAGCCACCAGUCACAAUGAUCUUCAUGGGCUACCAGAACGUGGAGGAUGAGGCCGAGACCAAGAAGGUACUGGGGCUUCAAGAUACUAUCACAGCAGAGCUGGUGGUCAUCGAGGACGCAGCUGAGCCCAAGGAGCCUGCACCACCCAAUGGCAGUGCUGCUGAGCCCCCAGCUACUGUGGGCUCCCGGGAAGAGAAUCAGGCGGGGCCUGAGGCCACCACCAGCGACCCCCAGGACCUCGACAUGAAAAAGCAGCGUUGUAAAUGCUGCUUGAUCAUGUGAGCCAGCCCGGCCCCUAAGACCCUAGCCCCUGCCCCAUACCACAGACCCACCAGCCCGGCCCCUCCCGGUGCCUGCCCAUCCUCCACCUACAGCCUCACGGGCCCCAGGACUUGCCGUGUUGUCACAUGUUCCUUCUGAGGUUUCUUAGAAAGAGGGACGGGGCCCCACCCAUCACCAUGCCCCCACACUGACCCCAGCCAGAGCCGUGCACCUGCACCUGGUCUGAGAGAGACACGGACAGACCCGCUUUUCCUGAAAUGAGGACCCGCCCCACCCUCCUAUCAUGGCAGCUUCACAGAUGCGGGGUUCAUGUCCAGUGUGGUCCUGGUGGGCGUGACCUGUGGCCUCUGUGCAGGCCCAGGCCAGCCCACCACCCUCUGGGCCUCCUGCCUGUGCCUUUCUGCCACCUCUGAUGAGUGAGGUCUCUGAGGGGACACCAUGCCGGAGAGGGACCUGGGAGCUGGGGCCUGCUUAGACCCUGGAAGUUGGGCUCCUUGGGGUUCCCCGGCAAAGGCGCUGGCCCCCCAAUCUUGGGAAGUUGGGGUGAGGCCGUGCCUCUUUUGGGGGUUAAGGUCCAAGCCUAAUGUGCCCCCCACAUCCUCUAUGGGCCCAGCUAGUGGUCAAAGGAGUCUGCAGGAGGGGAGUCCUGGAGAUAUGCCCCCACCUCGGGAGGGGUCAUAGCCUCUUGGCUGUCUUCUAGACGGGCGAUCCGGGGGUCAUGGGACCAGGUGAGCCACUUCUCCUGAGCUCCCAACCCCACUGGGCCCUCCUUCCUCCUGGUGCUAAUUUGGGGACCCCGGGGGCCACCUCUGGCCUCUUCUCCAACUCACUUGGACCAGGGUCCUGGGUCUUCCCAGGCACACCCCAGAGCUCAGGCCCCACCUUCCAGUUCUGCUGAGCUUGCAGCAUAUUUGGGUAGUGGAGGGAGAGAUGCAGCCUGGGACAGGAAGGCUCCCCCUGGGUUGCAGCAGGGGCCCAACCCAGCCCAAUGUGAGCCUGUGUCCCUCAGCCCAAUAUGAGCCUGCCCCGGCCCAGUGUGAGCCAGCCCCAACACCCUAUUACUGGAAGUGACAAGGGGUUCCCCUCCUGGGGGCAGUCACACUUGUUCCCGGAGGCACAUUCUCACAGAUACCCUCUUCUCAUGUGUUGGUUUUGGACCACACCCAUCUUGGCCCCUUUUCCAGGGGCCUCCAGCCUGGUUCCCAGUGCCAGGCCACCUCUGGGUCCAGUGACCACCUGCAGCCUCAGUUGGGUGGGUGUAGGGGCCACCUCAGAAAGGAGUCUGAGUCCCAGUCUCAGCUCUGCCCCUGGGUGGCUGGGAGAAGAGGCCCUCUCUGGGGGGUGACUUGGAGUCCCUCCUUUUCCUCCCUGGAGUCUGCCUGAGUCCCUUGAGCCGUGAGCCUUUGCUGAAGUGCCCUUGCCGCCCCCUUUCUGCUUUUGAUGUGUGACAAGGCCCCUGAUGUUCUUGACUUUUUCCCAGAGAAGCAAAUAAACAGCGUGAACAGCCCCA